AUGUCCCGCCAAAACUUGGCCGUACCGCUCAUGGGUGCCGCAGCCCUGGUCGGCGGCGGCGUCUACUACAUGCGCCAGCCCUCCAACACCUCAGGCGACGCCGCGCAGCAGAUCGCCAACACCGACAAGCCGCGCCCGAACUCGGACGAGACCACGUCGGACAAGGCGACAGAGAGCAGGAAACGCGCGGCCGACGCGAAGCGCGACAACGGCCUCGGCGGCGCCGGCGUGGGCCUCAACAAUAACACCGGCGGCGCCGAGCUCAGCUCCGGCAACCAGAGCGGCACGAGCGCGAACGGCCGCAGCGCGCCAAAGGGCCCCAAGGACAAGUUCCCCAACGACGCCGGCCAGGUCGGCGGCGGCUACGGUGGUGGUAACUCAAAUACGCGGGCGAUCGAGACGCACGGCCCGUCGAUGACCCCGGGGUCGUCCACGGUGACGGGGGCCGUCGGCGGAGGCAAGAGCAGUGGCGGCGGCGGCGACACGGCCAGCAGCUCCAACAGCUCCGGCAUCGGGUCGAAGCUGCAGGGCUUCUUCGGCACGGGAGGUGGUCAGGGUGGCGAGAAGGUGCGCCAGGCGCCCGUGGACACCAAGAUUGCGAGCAACCACGGCGACACGCCGACGAAGAAGGGGGGGAGCCCUUGGGAUAAGCACAGGAGGGAUGUCACGGCCGUCUCGGACACGGAGUCAUGA